AUGGUGGAGUCGACUCGCGACCAUGUCUUGCAGACAGCCCACCAGCUAUACUCGACCAACGCCCGCGACCCAACGCUCAUCGAGAUGCUUCUGUGCCUGCAUCGCCUGCACCCGCGCCAUCUGCCAACGCUGCUGCUGCUGGCCUGUGCGUACUUUAGCAGCAGCAAGCCCGAAAAGUCUCUCGAGUAUAACGAGCUCAUUCUCAAAAUUGACCCCAACUAUGUCGAGGCGAUGUCGAACAUCGGGACCACCCUGCGUAGCAUGGGCAAGUCGUCGGAGGCCGAGUCGUGGUGGUGGCAGGCAGUUAAGCUGCGGCCGGGGUACUGGGACGCUGUGGAGAACCUCAUGGGCGUUCUGUGCAAUCCCGCGCAGCAGCAGACAGCCACACCAAAGAGCCCCUCGAGCAAGGCAGAUGGCGCUCCUGCCACGGGUCCGCGCUACCGCGAGGCACUGCAGCUGUGCGAGUUUGUUGACAGCAGUCUGCACAUCAGGGACGACAUCUCCAAGGACGGGGCUGGCAAGGUGGCAAAGUACCAGGUGCAGGACAAGCAGCUGUCGCGUCUGCAGUCGCUGCUGUACUCGGAGGGCAACCUGCGCUUUGCUCUGGGCGAUGUUGCCGGUGCCAGGCGCGAGUACGAGAAGGCAAUGGAGGCGAUCCUGGGCGGCUACAAGCUGGACGAGAUCGUUGUGCGCAUCGCGUACAUUGGCUCGCAGGAGAGUGUCAACCAGAUGUUCCACAAGCAGCUGAACAACCAGGCGCCGCCGUCGCACAACCUGAACAUCAACAACCUGCCACUGACGCUCCUGGCGCCGCAGAACGCCAUCCGCAUGCUGCAGAUUCUGUUCCCAGAGACCAACGGUGUGCUGCCUGGCCUGGUCGCCCUGGCUGGUAAGGCUGCAGUUCAGCAGGCAACGGGUAACCAUACCGCAUCGACUCAGCUGCAGCAGGCGAACCAGGUCGCGUCGAACCUGCUACUAACGCUGGCCAAGCUGCACCAGGAUCACGCCGUGGUUGCACAGCCGCUGUCGAUUGUGCUGCCCCUCUACUACAUGUCUCUGUCGCUGGUGCCAUCCCCAUCGACAUGCAACAACCUGGGCAUCAUCUUGUCGGCGAUCCCUUCCCCGUCGACGCCGACAAUGGUGCCGUCUGUGCAGGGCGGGCAGCAGCCAACGCAGGCACCAAUGGGCUCGGCCCUGGCCAUGCAGUACUACACACACGGGCUGUCCCUGGACCAGCGGCACCCUCACCUGUACACCAACCUGGGCUCGCUUCUCAAGGACCUCGGGUACCUGGCCGAGGCCGUCAAAAUGUACGAGAAGGCGGUCGAGUGCAACGCUACGUUCGAUGUUGCGCUGGCCAACCUGGGCAAUGCCAUCAAGGACAUGGGCCGCGUGCAGGACUCGAUUCCGUGGUACCUGCGCGCUGUUGAAGCCAGCCCCAACUUUGUUGAGGCGGUAUGCGGGCUCGCCAACGCUAUGGCGGGCGUGUGCGACUGGCACGCGCGUGACGGAGUCUACACCGAGAUUGCCACCCGCUGGCGUGCAGUUGCGAUGAGCCCGAAGCAGACGCAUGGCGUGGACAAGCGGCGCGGGUGGAUGGACCGCGUCGUGGAGAUUGUCGACCAGCAACUCAGCGACGGCAGCACAUGGGGCCAUGGUGUGCUGCUGAUGCAGCCGGCUGCUACUGACGCCAGCGAUGGGGGUGGCCUCGUGCGCCCGACCAGUGGGCUGGUGAGUUUCUUGGAGGGCGUCUGUCGACUCGUUCCCCGUGUCUCAACGGCGCCAGCCACUGGCCUGGCGGUGUUUUUGCACGACGCGCUUGAUCUUCACUUCAUGGCACUGAUCCGCAAUGAGGGGGGCUGGGCGCUGAGGAUUGUCGAGCGCGCAGCAGUUCUGAUCCAGAGGCAGUGGUACUGGGAUGCGCAGCAAGGCAGCCAGCAUGCGCUCGAGGCACUGCGCAAUCCGCAGGCAGGCGCGUAUAAGCGGCCACGGCUCCCGGCAGGUCUCGGAGCGCCGCUGGUUCCGACGGUGCUGCCAUUCCACACCUUCACGUAUCCGCUUGAUGCCCGCGAGGUGCGACUGAUUUCGCACCGCAACGCGCUUCGCCUGUCGUUUACGACGCUGGGCGGCGGCGCGCCUUGGCUGCCGGGCCAUGUGUAUCCGCCGCCGCCGCCGCCUGACCCCCAGGUCAACAUUGGGUAUGUGUCGUCGGACUUCAACAACCACCCUCUGUCGCAUCUGAUGCAGUCGGUCUUUGGAAUGCACGACAGACAGCGGUUCCGCGUGUUCUGUUAUGCAACGACGCCGCCCGAUGGCACCGUGCAUCGGCAGAAGAUCGAGCAGGAGGCCGACGUGUUUGUGAACUGCGCGGCGUGGUCAACGCAGCGCAUUGUUGACCAGAUCGCAAGCGACAAGAUCCACAUCCUUGUCAAUCUGAACGGAUACACCAAGGGGGCGCGCAACGAGAUCUUUGCUGCUCGGCCAGCGCCGGUUCUUGUUGCGUUCAUGGGCUUUGCCGGAACCCUGGGGGCUGGGUGGUGCGACUAUGUGGUCACGGAUCCGAUUGUGUGCCCACCGUGGACUGUGCGGUGCGAGGAGAAAGGCCGCGAGCACUACAGCUGGAGCCAGCGCAAUGGCUCGCGUGGUGGCGACAAUGGCGAUGGCGACGAUACUGACGACAUCACCAGCCAGGACCGUGCCAGGCGCGUGCAUGAGUGGAUGGGUGAUGUGCGCUGGGACUUUGGCGAGAUCGACCCCGAAGAGCUCGAUGAGGCCGGCGCGGACAACUGGGUAUACACGGAGAAGAUGAUAUACAUGCCGCACACGUACUUUGUCAACGACCACCGGCAAGGAUUCCGUGAGGACGAGGAGCUGCGUGAGCUGCAAACGCCCGAGGCGCUGUGGAUGGCCGAGCAGGAUGCGCGGUACCGGAUGCGCAGCGAGCUGUUUCCGGCGCUGGGCGACGACGUGUUUAUCUUUGCCAACUUCAACCAGCUCUACAAGAUCGACCCGACGCUGUUCCGCAUGUGGCUGCGGAUUCUGGAGCGGGCGCCAAAGUCGAUUCUGUGGCUGCUGCGCUUUCCGGCAGCAGGCGAGCAGCACCUGCACCGCGUGGCAGUCGAGUGGGCGGGCGAGGAGGUUGCGCGGCGGGUGGUCUUCACCGAUGUUGCACCCAAGCACAUGCACAUCAAACGCGGGCGCGUGGCCGAUGCGUUCCUGGACACGCCCGAGUGCAAUGCCCACACCACGGCUGUCGACAUUCUGUGGAGCGGCACGCCGGUGCUAACGUGGCCGCGACACGAGCACAAGCUGUGCUCCCGCGUAGCAGCGUCUGUCGCCUGUGCCACCGGCCAUGGCCAGCACAUGGUGGUCCACAGCGCCGACGAGUACGUGGACCGGGCCGUCGAGUGGGCGACGCGGGCCUCGCACGAGUACACUUAUGACCGGCCGAGACACUACGAUCCGAAGGCCAUCCUGAAGCCAGACCCGCAGACUGGGUACGUCAAGCACCUGCUGUGCGGCGGACCAGCCAUGGACCUGCGCUACCAGCUGUUUAUGACGCGCGAUGCGUCGCGCCUGUUUGAUACGCUGCGGUGGACGCGCAACCUGGAGCGCGGCCUGGAGGAGGCGUGGCGGCGCUGGGUCACUGGUGAGGACGAGGUAGGCGAGCCUGCCUAUACCGGCGAGACCAACGGCACUGAGUCUGGUAUGGAGCAUUCGAUGAUAUCCAUGGACAUUGACGACCAGCACCAGCACCAGCACCACCAACACAUGCUAUCCGACCGCAAGGACGCGGCUGCACUGUGCAAGUCUGACCAGCGCAAACUGCGGUGGGCCAAGCGCAUCGAGCGCCAGAUCGAAGCGGCGUCAGCGGGCGGGCAGUCCAGCGCCGUGUACUCGCCCCGCGGGCGCAGCAUCUGGGUGCUCGACGAGGACGACGCCAUGCCAUCGCAUUCGUGGCUGCACAGGAUGAUGACAUGGUGA